AUGGGCCGCUCCACCGAGCCCGCGCCGCGCUGCCGCCUAGCUCGCCGCCCCCGGGGCGGACGCGAAGGGCUGUUAGGUGGUGGGUGCAGAGAACUGACUGCUUCUGGUGGGGGGGAAAAAGUGUUUUCAGAGACCAGCACGCCACCCCUGCAGGACAUUCCCUGCCCCUCCACCUCCCUCCCCCAAACCCCACCCCAGAGAAGUUUUGAUUUGAAACCCGGGAGGAAAACUGCUACCCCGCACGUUGACAGUGGUGGAACCACCACCUACCUCGGCAUCCCCCCCCAACUCUCUCAAAGCCCCUUCCUCCUUCUCCUCUUCCUCCCGGCAAAGUUAGCGAGGAUCCAGCAGCUUCGGCAUCUCACCCCAGUGGCCUGGCAGCAGUGGCGGCCGCCCCUGCGCGUCCCUCCCCGCCUCCCUCAGGCUCAGCCCAGACACUGCAGUGGCUGCAACUGCGCCAGUGGCCGCUCUUCUGACUCCGUGCUCUCCGCCCUCUCUUUCCAGCCAGCUCAGUCCGGCCAGCUCCCCAGGAAGGGGGCCUGUUCCCCCUCUGGCUCUCUGUCCCCCUGCCACCACUCCUCCACUCCUGAAACACUUCUCCGUCUGUUGCUCUUUUUCAUCACAUCCGGAUUAGGAGGCCUCGAACUCUUGGCGGGCCGCCCAAGGCUGGGGGCGGUGCAAUGUGGGCUCCCUCGCCCUGCACUGUCUGGGUCAGGAGGCCAAAGCCAGAACGGGCUGGCUCCGGGUCUUUAUUCUGGUCCAACAGGAACGUGGAUCAGUAAAACCAGUUGCACUUGCUUGAAUCAACUGGAGGCAUCCAGGCAGACAAGGUUGACAUCCCAGAGGACGCCCUGGCCCAGAGCCCCAAGCCAGGCCUUGCACAGUGAAUGGCUUCGGUGGCAAGAUAAACUUGUGGUGGGAAGUAAAAAGCCAACUAAGUAUCAGGCGUUCUGAUUGUAGCAUAACCUGAUGAGCCUAGAAUAACUUGUACGAAGCAAUUUGCAGGUACAAAGUACUUUAAUAAUGUAUUCAGGUAACUUUUGUUCUUUCAUUGCAAGCAAAAUGCAGAAUUCAUUUCUAGAAAGGUAGAACCAACUCAUGCUUUAAAUCUCUAGGCCAAGAGAGGAAAUCAGUCAUGUUGUCAACAUUGAAGAAAAUAUACACUGGAUGCAGCUUUCUAGGUGUAUCAAUAAUAUCCCAGGAAUUUCCUUUCUUUAAAAAACCCACUGGAAUUGAUUUCAACUGAUUGAAAAAAAAUCCAUUUCUUAACUUGAAAGUGCCAGUGCAACCCAACCUACUUUCAGUUAAACCUGAAGAACACAGACUUUGAAGUUGCUGAUGACAGUGAGGUCAAACUCUACAUCCCAAAAGACAAAUGACAUUUUCCCUAAUGACCUAUGCCUAAUUUUUUUUUUCUUCUGUUUUUAGUUUAGACAUUUCAGAAACAGUGUGCAUAAAAGUGCCUUCACUUUGCUAAAAACUUGUACGGGGGCCUGGACUCUAGAAUCUGCUUGAUAGAAGCAGAUCAAUUCUGAGGAUGACUGCAGUUCCUUUAGAGAAUAAACGUUUAGGAAACAUCACUGUCUACUACAACAUUAUCUGCAGUCAAGGGAACAGGGCAGGAAGUAGCCACUCAAAGAUUGUGUUAUCCCUUUUUUGCACAUUUCCUUGACUUCUUUUUUUUCUAAUCCCCUCACAAAGAGGUUACAGUCCAUGAAUAUCAAGACGUUCUACGACUCUUCUACAAAGUCAUAGUCACAAUAAAUAUUUACUAGUUUCACACGGAGUGCUUAAUGUUGCACACAUGGUAAGGGAUUCAAUAAAUACUUCUUGAAUUUAAACGUUUUACUUUUUAAUGAGGAAGGAAUAAAAUUCAAAUAAAAAUAUUAGGAAUAAAUGAGAGCCUGUAUUAUAGAAUCACCAGGAUGGUCAAAUGCUGUAUCUUGCUCAGCUGUGUGACUUUGGGCAACUUAGUCAAACUCUCUAUCCCUUUGUUGCCUCAUAAAGAUGA